AUGAAAGAGACCUUCAUGAGACUACAAGAAAGGAAAAAAAUGGCUGGAUCUUUAAAGCACUUCUUGCAAAACAAUGAAGAUUACACGGAGACUAUCGAUGCGACCGAAUCUCAAGAUUCUAAAUCCGUAAUAUCAGUAACCGUAAGUGGACCAUCUGAAAUUUCAACAGAGGCGACUACGGUAACAUCAGAUCCUGCAAUAAGUGCCGGCGGUUAUAGCAGCAAAACAGCUUUGACUGAUGCAGAGCCCGAUGAAGCGAUGACACCAUCCUCGUAUACAGCACUUGAACAAUCCACUUCAGAUUCUUCGAAAUUACUUUUCGAACAUGAUAAUGGAAAUUUUCUAAAAGCUGUUGAGAUGAUUGCAUCUUUUGAUGAUUUUGAUUUCAGUGAUGAGACAGCACGUUAUCCGAGUGCGUAG